AUGGCCGCGGAUCGACUGAAUCAGGACCGCGGGCCGGUGCAUAUUAAAGAAGAAGCUCCUCUUCCCGCUUCUUCCAGCGCCGCCGCCGGUACCGUGGCUGCCACCACCGCGAAGAACUCCCGAUACGGCUUCUCCCAGUUCUUCGAAGGCAUAGGUCUCUCCAGCGGCAGCCUCCCCUCGCUCCAGCAAGUCGUCCUCUGGUUUCAAGCCGCAACCAUGUCUCUCAUCAACGUCGACCUCAACGCCCUGGCAACAGGCGGCGCGGGCUACCUCGCCUCUAUCAACGCCGCCAACCUCUCCGUCCCGGCCAUCUCCCUGCUGGCCUACGAGCCGUCCUUCGCGGACGUCGUCGGCGCCAACGCCACGGCCCGCAAGAUCGCCGACCUGCCCUGGGAGGCCUUCCACGAGGGCGGCAUCUACAACAAGAAGGACAACACCAUGUACAUCUCGUCAAACUACAAGUCGCUCGCGGACAACAUCAACAUGACGAUCCUCUCCCUCGACGACCUGUCCGUCCGCAGCUCGCAGUUCCCGGACCUCGCCGAGGCCAACGGCGGCACCUCGUACUACCCCCCCGGCGCGGACCAGUCGGCCACGCCCCCGAUGCAGGUGUGGUGCGACGAGGGCGACUUCGAGGCCUACUCCAAGCUCAUCGCCGUGGACCCCAACACGAACAAGUCGCAGCCGCUGCUCAUCAGCUACAACGGCCGCAACUUCUCGUCCGUCAACGACGUGCGCCAGCACCCGGUCACGGGCGACCUGUGGUUCACCGACGCCGAGUACGGCCUGUUCCAGAACUUCCGGCCGGCCUCGCAGAUGCCGACGCAGGUGUACCGCUUCGAGCCGUCCACGGGCCGCGUGCAGGUCGUCGCCGACGGCUUCAAGCAGCCCAACGGCCUCGAGUUCUCCCCGGACUACAAGACGCUGUACAUCUCCGACACGGGCGCGCAGACGUACUCGGCCAACCUGACGGGCCCGGCGGGCAUCUACGCGUUCGACAUCGUCGACAACAAGAGGCUGGCCAACAGGCGCAUGUUCGCCUACGCUGACUCGGGCUUCCCGGACGGUGUGCACACCGACACGGACGGCAACGUGUGGGCGGGCUGCGGCGACGGCGUGCACGUGUGGAACCCCGAGGGAGUGCUCCUGGGCAAGAUUCACCUCGGGGAGGUCUCGAACAACUUUGCGUUCGCGCCGGGCAAGGUCUUUGUCUUCUCCAACUACCGGCUCUGGGUCGUCGAGGGGAUCAAGGCGCUGGGUAGGGAGGUUUGCAAGGACUUCGGGACGGACAGCGACCCGAGGUGUCGUCGUUGA